UGUUCAUCCCUGCCACAAAGAAGAGUGUGUCAUCCAGAUUGUUGCCUCCAAGAGACUUCAUCUUCUCAGUGCUAGUAUUCCCUGUUGGCUUAGUAAGUAAUUCCUACAAACAGGACCCCUCUCAAAUAACUUCAGAGAAGACAGAAGAUUUUGGCAUGUCCAGAUUAAACUGACACAGCUGAAAGCUGUAAUAUUUUAUACACCAUUUUGUUUAGUUUCAGACAUAAUAACAGGUCUAAUUUAUCCCUAACUCAAUUGACUCAUAGCCCUGGUCUACACUGGGAUGGGAUUGAUCUAAGAUACGUCGACUUCAGCUACUCUGUGCUCAUAGCUGAAGUUGCGUAUCUUAGAUCGACUUACCUCACGUCCUCACUGCACAGGGCCGACUGCCACUGUUUCCCCGUCGACUCCGCUUCCGCCUCUCGGCAGUGAUGGAGUUCCGGAGUCAAUGACAGGGCAAUCAGGGAUUGAUUUAUCGUGUCUACACUAGACACGAUAGAUCAAUCCCCAAUAGAUCGAUCACUACCUGCCGAUCUGGCGGGUAGUGAAGACCUGCUCUCAAUGUAUACCGGAUAGGAAAAGAUCAUUUCGUCUGAUGUGUUACCAGCUGCUUUUUCAAACAUAUGGACACAAUGAAAGAGAGAAACAGUAUUUCUGUUGAGUUCUGUUGAGGGCCUACCUUUCUUCACAUAAGUAAUCCUCAUGAAUGGAGGUACUCAUAUGAAUAAUGACUAUUUGUAUGAGUAGGAGUUUGUGUUAUCAGAUUCCUAGAUUGAGGCCUUGUCUGCCUGAGAGAGGUGCUCCGAUGUAACUAAAUUGGUUCAACUUCCUUAGGUGGACUUUCUUAAUCCAGUGUACCUUAUUUUGAUUUAGCUUAUGUCUGCAAGGAAUGAGCAUAAAUUAAACCAAGAAAAGGCACAGAUAAAUUGAAAUAGGUGUCCACAUAGAGGAUUUUGCGCUAAUUUAACUGAAUUGGUUUCUAAACUGGGUCCAUUAAAUCAGUGGAACUUUCUUGUGUGGACAAGGCCUGGGAUUGUCUUGAGUUCUAUGAACAAUGGAGCUUAAGAAAAAAAUUCCUACAGUUUAGAAAAUAUAAAAUAUGCAUAUUUUAGGAAUUAAGGAAACAUUAGAUUAUAAAAUUGCUGCUGUAGUUCCUGUACAUGUCUCACUUUAUCUUUCUACGAACUCUUUUGUUCUUGGUUAAUGAUUAUCAAUUAUAUUUUAUUUUGUAUUUUUCAAAGGAUUGCUUUGUGUUCUAAGUUCACUAACAGCAAGUUACUGUUAAUAUUUCCCUCGUUCUUUCAGUACAUGCUAACCAAAAUGGAGUGCAGACCACCCACCCUGCCUGCAUCUACUGACCUCAAUGUUUGUAGCUGUUACUUUUUGGACCCUUUAUGCAUAUGACAGAGAAUUGGUAUACCCUAAAGAACUGGAUGAGAUUAAUCCACCUUGGCUUAAUCAUACCAUGCACAGACACCAUAGCACGGCAAGCAUGGCGCCCGCUCAGAUGACCACCGCAAUUAUGAGCACUCUAAACACCAUGCACAUUAUCCUGCAGUAUAUGCAGAACCAGAACCUGCAAAAGCAAAAACAGGCAAGGAGGCAAUGGCAGCGCGGUGAUGAGAAUGAUGAGGACAUGGACACAGACUUCUCUCAAAGCACGGGCCCUUGCAAUUUGGACAUCAUGGCGGUAAUAGGGCAAGUUCAUACUGUGGAACGCCGAUUUUGGGCCUGGGAAACAAGCACAGACUGGUGGGACCGCAUAGUGUUGCGUGUCUGGGACGAUUCCCAGUGGCUGCAAAACUUUCGCAUGCAUAAGGGCACUUUCAUGGAACUUUGUGACUUGCUUUCCCCUGCUCUGAAGCGCAAGAAUACCAAGAUGAGAGCAGCCCUCAGAGUUCACAAGCGAGUAGCAAUAGCGCUGUGGAAGUUUGCAAUGCCAAACAGCCACCGGUCAGUCGGGCAUCAGUUUGGAGUGGGCAAAUCUGUGGGGGCUGCUGUGAUCCAAGUAGCCAAUGCAAUCAAAGAGCUGCUGAUAUCAAGGGUAGUGACUCUAGGAAAUGUGUAGGUCAUAGUGGAUGGCUUUGCUGAAGUGGGAUUCCCUAACUGGUGGGGCGAUAGAUGUAACCCAUAUCCCUGUCUUGGCACCGGAGCACCAAGCCAGUGAGUACAUAAACCGAAAGGGAUACAUUUCAGUGGUGCUGCAAGCACUGGUGGAUCACAAGGGACGUUUCACCAACAUCAACGUGGGAUGGCCGGGAAAGAUACACAACACUCGCAUCUUUAGGAACUCUGGUCUGUUUCAAAAGCUGCAGCAAGGGACUUUCUUCCCAGACCAGAUAAUAACCAUUGGGGAUGUUGAAAUGCCUAUAGUUAUCCUUGGGGACCCAGCCUACCCCUUAAUGCCAUGGCUCAUGAAGCCAUACAUAGGCACCCUGGACAGUAGCCAGGAGCUGUUCAACUAUAGGCUGAGCAAGUGAAGAAUGGUGAUAGAAUGUGCAUUUGGACGUUUGAAAGCACGCUGGCACAAUUUACUAACUUGGGUAGACCUCAGUGAAACCAGUAUUCCCGUUGCCUGCACUCCACCGUAUCUGUGAGAGUAAGGGAGAGAUGUUUAUGGUGGGGUGGAAGGUUGAGGCAAAUCGCCUGGCCACUGAUUACGCACAGCCAGAUACCAGGGCCGUUAGCAGAGUACAGGAGGGUGCAGUGCGCAUCUGAGAAGCUUUAAAAACCAGUUUCAUGACAGGCCAGGCUAUGGUGUGAAAGUUCUGUUUGUUUUUCCUUGAUGAAACCCCCCCCCCCUUGGUUCACUCUACUUCCCUGUAAGCUAACCACCCUCCCCGCCCCCCUUCAGUCACCACUUGCAGAGGCAAUAAAGUCAUUGUUGCUUCACAUUCAUGCAUUCUUUAUUCAUCACAUAAAUAGGGGGAUAACUGCCAAGGUAGCCUGGGAGGGGUGAGGGAGUAGGGAAGCACCGGGUGGCAUGGGGGAGGAGGGAAGGAGAAGGCCACACUGCACUUUAAAACUUAUUGAAUGCCAGGUUUCUGUUGCUUGGGCAGUCCUCUGGGGUGGAGUGGUUGGGUGCCCAGAGGGCCCCACCUGUGUUCUUGGGCAUCUGGGUGAGGAGGCUAUGGAACUUGGGGAGGAGGGUGGUUGGUUACAUAUGGGCUGUAGCGGCGUUCUGUGCUCAAGCUGCCUUUCCUGAACUACCACCAUACACCAGAGCAUAUCACUUUGUUCUUCCAGUGGCCUCAGCAUUACCUCUUGCCUUCUGUCACCAAGCUGAUGCCACCUAUCAUCUUCAGCCCGCCACUUAUUAUCUUCAGCCCACCACCUGUCCUUGUGUUCAUAUUGUGCUUUCCUGGACUCUGACAUUGUCUGCCUCCACGCAUUCUGCUGGGCUCUUUCAGUGUGGGAAGACUGCAUGAGCUCAGAGAACAUUUCAUUGCAAGUGCGUUUUUUCCCCCUUCUAAUCUUCGCUAGCCUCUGGGAAGGAGAAGAUAAUGUGAGUGUUGAAACAUUUGCAUCUGGUGGAGGGGAAAAAAAGGGAGAGUGAUAGUUAAAAAGACACAUUUUAGAGAACAGUGGGUAGACUGUUUCAUGGUAAAGCUUGCUGUUAACAUUACAUAGUACAUGUGCUUUCGGUACAAAGUCGCAUUUUGCCUCUUAUUGAGGGUAUGCCAGUUUGGUGUGAGAGCGCUUUCAAGCAGGGCCGGGCAACAGAAUUUGGCUUCCUUAACCUUCGUAACGUGGGAAUGGUUUCAAAAAGCAGCAGCCUCCUCAUUUCCCAUAUCAAGCAGCCGUUGAGUUGGCUAUUUAAAACGGGUUGGCUAUUUAAAAGGAGGAGGGGCUGCAGUUUUCGGGUUAACGUGCAGCACAAACCCAACUA